AUGAAUGAGGCUAUGAUGAUCGAUUUGAGUGCAAUUGUCAAUCGAAAGGGCCCUUUGGUUAAAAUAUGUGGGUUACAGACUUUGCAAGCUGCUGAAAUUGCAAUUGAUUCAGGCUCGGAUUUGGUUGGUAUGAUAUGUGUGCCUAAUAGAAAGAGAACAGUUAAUCCUGAUGUAGCCAGAAACAUAUCUGCUUUGGCCAAGAACAGUAGACGUAUUGGAAAUGGUAGCGUUUAUGUCGUCGGUGUGUUUCGAAAUCAGACAAAAGAGGAGGUUUUGAAAAUAUCUGACCUUUAUGAUAUCGAUAUCGUUCAGUUACAUGGCGAUGAGGAUUGGAAAGAGUAUUACGAGUAUAUAAAGAAACCUAUUAUCAAGAGGUUUAUAUUUCCUAGAGAUUGUGAUGCUGUUAGCAGCAUAUGUACCACUGACGAUAGUGCUAUUUGCCUACCGUUAUUUGAUUCAGAGGCUGGCGGAACCGGUGAACUCUUGGAUUGGGAAUCUAUCUCAAAUUGGGCAAAAAAUAGUGACAAACCUGUCAAGUUCUUGCUUGCUGGGGGGUUAACACCUGAUAACGUUUCGUCAGCUUCUUCUUUGCCUGGUGUAGUAGGUGUUGAUGUCAGUGGCGGUGUCGAAACUGAUGGUGAGAAGGAUUCCACCAAGAUAUCCAAAUUUAUACAUUCGGCAAAAACAUAA